GGUUCUGUGAAUACAGAACCGAAGCCGAGAGGAGAGGAGAAAAAGAAAGGAGAAGAAGAAAGAAGUCGCCUCGCCUUGCCGCCGUUGUUUCCUUUUGUUCCGCCGCCGUCCGUCGCCGACCGCCCUCGCCGUUGUUCCUCGUCGCCGUCUGCCACGUUAGGAAGGGUCUGCUGACAUGAGAUGGCAUAGGGACAAACGUGUUGAAACAGAUGAUGUCUUGAGACAUCCAGCUGAUGCAGAGGGGUGGAAGCACUUUGAUUCUGAAUUUCCUGAUUUUGCUUCUGAUCCACGAAACGUGCGUUUGGGCUUGGCUUCAGAUGGGUUUAACCCAUUUGGUCAAAUGAGUACCUCGUACAGUAUGUGGCCUGUUGUGUUACUUCCUUACAAUUUGCCACCAUGGAAAUGCAUGAAAGAGACAAAUUUCUUUAUGUCAUUGCUCAUACCCGGUCCUAAAUCUCCUGGUAGGGAAAUUGAUGUGUAUCUCCAACCAUUGAUUGAGGAAUUGAAAGACUUAUGGACUUUUGGGGUGCGUACGUAUGACUCUCUUACAGGUCAGUUCUUUCAGCUAUACGCAGCCUUGUUGUGGACGAUUAAUGACUUCCCGGCGUAUGGUGACCUAUCAGGGUGGAGUACGAAGGGGUAUCAGGCAUGUCCUAUAUGCAUGAGUGAUAGAUCGUCCUUCGGGAUACGAGGUAGAAUAUCUUUCAUGGGACAUAGACGCUAUCUUCCACAGAAUCACGUGUGGCGUAGAAGUAGGCUACACGAUGGAAAGGUAGAGCGUAAGGCUCCUCCUGUGGUGAUGAAUGGGUAUGAAAUAUUAGAACAACUAGAUCAGUUGGAAUUUCCAGUUAUGAGUAAACAUCCUUCAAUACAGGAUAAGAAAAGAAAGAGAGCUCUUAAUUGGACGAAGAAAAGUAUUUUUUUCAAUCUUCCUUAUUGGUCGAGACUUUUGUUACGUCACAAACUUGAUGUAAUGCACAUUGAGAAGAAUGUUUGUGACAAUUUGAUUGGUACGUUAUUGAACAUCGAAGGGAAAACGAAGGAUACCACGAAUGCUAGGUUGGACUUACAAGAUCUGAAGAUAAGAAAGGAUUUACAUCUUGUAGAAGUGGGUAACCGAUUGGUGAAGCCACAUGCGAGCUACACGUUGACUACCAGUGAACGAGUAGAGUUUUGUAAGUUUCUGAAAUCAGUUAAGUUUCCCGAUGGAUUUGUUUCCAAUAUAUCGAGAUGUGUGCAUGAAAGAGAGGGGAAAAUAUCAGGACUAAAAACGCAUGAUUGCCAUGUUUUAUUACAUCGACUGCUACCAAUUGGUAUUCGAGCAUUCUUACCGAAGAACGUAUACACUGCUAUAACCGAAUUAUGUAAUUUUUUCCGUGACUUGUGCGCCCGAACGAUAAGAGUAAGUGAUCUAGACAGAUUGCAAGCAGAUAUCAUAAUCAUACUUUGUAAGUUGGAAAGAAUAUUUCCACCUGCCUUUUUUAGCGUUAUGGUGCACCUUGCCGUUCACUUACCAUAUGAAACGAAGAUUACUGGUCCGGUUUCUUAUAGUUGGAUGUAUCCGAUCGAAAGGAGUCUACGAACGUUAAAGCAGUAUGUUAGAAACAAAGCACGUCCUGAGGGGUCAAUUGCAGAAGGCUAUAUCAUGAAUGAAUCUAGUACCUUUUGUUCACGUUACCUACGUGGUAUAGAGACUCGAUUCACAAGAGAUGAGCGAAAUGAUGAUACCAUUGUAGAGAACGAGGUAAUUGGUGAUUUUGAAAUUUUCAAGCAGAAAGUACGACCCUUAGGUGCAUCAAGUGUUCGUGCUAUAUCAGAGGAAGAGAAACGACUCUUCCAUUGGUACAUACUGAAUAAUGCUGACGAAAUAACAGAGUAUCGCAAGAAACAUUUGAGGCUCCAACGUCGACAUGCUCAAACUUCUAUGGAUUUGUAUAAAAUACAUGAACGAGCAUUCCCUGAAUGGUUUCGAGCACAGGUGUUAGAACUGCGUCAGUCUGCAAACCUAUCUGAUGAUUUCUUCUCACUAGCGAUGGGACCAUCCUUUGACGUUCGUUGUUACAAUGGAUGCAUCGUUGGUGGUGUAAGAUUUCACACUAUUGAACUUGAUUCUCGACGUACUACUCAAAAUAGUGGAAUAAUGGUCAUUGGUGAAAGCGAUGCAAGUGGAACUGGAGACAAUAAUUUCUACGGUGUUCUGGACGAAGUGUUGCACGUACAAUAUCCGUUGGGAAGAAAUGUAUGGCUAUUUAAGUGUCGGUGGUAUGACACGGACGUAAACAAAAGUCAAAGAACGACACACAUUGAAGUAGGGUACAAAUCUCUCAACACAUCCCGAUUUUGGUACGCGGAUGAACCUGUAAUUCUUGCAACUCAAGCACAUCAAGUUUUUUAUGUAGAUGAUCCAAAAAAUGGUAUCAAUUGGAAAGUUGUGCAAGUCAUCCAAAAUAAGCGUAUUUGGGACGUGCCAGAAGUGGAGGAUGUUCAGAAUGACCAUAUUAAUAUAGUAGAAGUUGUUGUAAGCCACCAAGUGGAUGACCACAUCGAGGAUGACACUCUAUGCAGAAAUGACGUUGAUCCCACAAUCGUUGAAAGACCGGUUGUGCGUCAUGUCACUGACGACUUCAUCGACGAUGUGGAUGAACACUUGUCACAUGCAAGCGAUGAGGAAUUAUAGUGACAAAUUAAACCACUCAUUAUGUCAUAUCGACGAUCAAGUUUUAUGGAGACGGACGAUAUGUUCCUCCAGUUUGAGGAGGAUUUAGAUAACAUUGCGGGAGGGUCGUCAUCUGUGGGCGACAAUACGGGGUCUUCUUCUCAACAAACGACCCCGACUCCUAGGAGACGUGCGCAGCUUUGGAACGGAU